AUCAAACGUUAAACGUGUUUGUUAGCUUGUUGAAAGGCUAGCUAGCUAUUAGCUAACUCAGCUAGCGUCAUCCACUAAAGUUAACUUAGCUGUUGUCAAAGAAGAUGCUCCUUGCAAGUUAGAUGACGUUACUGUCAGUGAGUAAAUAAGGUCAAAGGCUUAAAGCAGCUGAAUUAAUUGGCAGACGGCAUCUUUCCUUUGACCACCACCACCACCAUCAUCAUCGUCAUCUCAGGGACAACAGCUACAGUGAAUAGGAGCUCCCCUUUAUCCUGAUUAGACCUCUGCUGGCUCUUAGGGCAGACAGGAAGACACCACUAAUGUCGGAAGAAAAGAUGAAUGGAACGGGGGCUGUAUAUGAGGAGAAAGAGGACACCCUCAGUCCUGAUGAUCUGUCUGAGAUGCUCGCAGCAGGGACCAAGGAUGUUCAUGAAAAAGCUGAGAACACCCAGUUUGUGAAGGAUUUCCUCAGGGGACGCAUCCGCAAAGAGCUCUUCAAGCUUGGUGCCGUAGCACUCUACUAUACUUACACAGCCAUGGAGGAGGAGAUCGAAAGGAACAAGGACCAUCCCCAUUUCGCCCCGCUUUAUUUUCCUGCAGAGUUGCACCGCCACGAGGCUCUGGCCCGUGACCUUGAGUACUUUUACGGCCCUGACUGGCAGAGCCAGGUCAGCUGCUCCCAGGCCGCCCAACGCUAUGUGGACCGUAUCCACCAAGUAGGGCAGGAGGACCCAGUGCUGCUGGUGGCCCACGCCUACACCCGCUACAUGGGGGACCUAUCUGGGGGCCAGGUGCUGAAGAAAGUGGCGCAGAGAGCCUUGAAGCUUCCUCCCACAGGAGAGGGGUUGGAAUUCUAUCAGUUUGAUGCCAUCCACAGUGCCAAAGCAUUCAAGCAGCUGUACCGCAGUCGGAUGAACGAGCUGGAGCUGGACAUGGAAACAAAGAAGAGGCUGGUGGACGAGGCUGUCAAGGCCUUCCAGUUCAACAUGGAGGUUUUUGAGGAGCUGGAAGAGAUUGGUAAAACCUUCCAGGAGGAUGUUUUAGAUGCCGGCAUGCCUGUCCAUGGAGAAAUGGGUGGAGACAUCAGCAAAUGUCCCUACUAUACCGCCAAAAUGGCGGCCACCGGUGGAACAGCAUACGCAUGUCAGCUCGCCAUGGCUGUGCUCCGACACCCAACAGGACAGGUGCUGUUUGCUACUUGGUUUGCUGCUUUGGCUGGAUUGGCUGCAUGGUAUCUGAUGUGAUCCAGCCCCUCAGCCUGUCACUCUGCUGCUGUGAGAGAGCGGGAGGAGAAACACUGAAGGAAGGACAGUAAGGAGACUAGAAAAUCCCCCAAAACUAUAGACCAUCUCAUGGUUUCUGUAAAACAUUGUAAACAGGUCCAGGUUUAUUAAAUGUUGCAUGUUUGCUAGUACAAAUAUACCUGGAUCUGUUUCUUAUCAAUGGAAUUCCAAUGAGAUGAUCUAUAGGACCAUUAGGACGUCACAACUCCAUCCAUCCAUCCAUCCAUUCAUCUAUCCAUCCAUUCAUCGAGCUACACCUUGUUGCAGUCUCUCCUCCGGUCAUUUCAUUUUUCUACCUCCUUUGCAUCAUCCCUCCAUCUUGUGUCCUUCCAGUGUGUUCGGUUGUAUCUCAAGACCUUCUUUUAGCUGUUUUCUGAUUUUGUCAUGGAAGCACAGCAUUCCAGUGAAUAACUAAUCUCUUGUGAAAUUACAUUUCCUCCCAAAUUUUAAUGUCACUCAUUUAUAUAAUUGGCUAUACAGUGAUACAUUAGUUAAUAAUGAUGAAUGUAUUAUCUAAAGCCAUUCAUGUUUAGCUUAGUAAAAACAUGUUAAAACGUACUAUGCAUAUGUUAUGCAUGAUUAGAGUAGCACAGCGUGUGUUUUUUUUUUUUUCAGGGCAUACUGCUGUGAUUUUUAAUGAGGUAUUUUUGUUUUUGCAUUACUAGAUCUUAAUUUGACCUGGGAGAGAAAGUAAUUGACUAAACAAUGCAACACUGAAAUAACGGUUUAUCUGUAAAUGUCCCCAUAUACUGUAUUUUUUUUUUUUUUACCUCUACACAUUGAUUGCAGUUCAUAACAUAAUGUGAAAACACAGUGUGCUGCAUUGCAUUUACAUUAAGUCCCUCAUCACAUUUCAAGACUCAUACUUGGGCCUUACAUGAUCCCGAGAGGUUUGUGCUGCGGAACAGGUGAUAGGAUUCAAAAGCUCCCACCCCUCCACCCCCCACCCUCAAAAAAUAUAGCACACCUACACUUUGACGAGUGUAUGAUUAAUAAACAUGUUUCAAAUACUAGUGAAUAUACCAGGUAUUUGAAUCUCUGCUGAUGCAUGUUCAAUAAUAGUAGUUCUCUGUUUCUGGAUUAUGAGAACGGGCGUAUUGUAUAAAAAAAAACCUGCCUGUUUUUGAUUUAAUUGCACAGUUUAACUUUCCGAGAUGAACGAGUCAUUGAUGAAUCAGUUCUACCUGCUACAGGAGCCUGUUUUAGGACAAAAGUGUUAACAAAGGUCAUUGCAGCUGUCUUUUUUUUUUGUAAUAAUGUUUUGUCUACAUUCUUGAAAUAGAUACCAAGUCUAUCUACAUGAAGGCUAAAUGUGUUGUGGUUUAUCAAGAACCACAUCACGUAAGAUACCGAUCCGUAGGUCCCUCAGCAGCUCCGCCCCUGUCAAGUAUCCAUUUGUAAUACAUUUGUGAUACAUUUGUGCAUCAUCACUAAAACUGUUCAUAUAUUGUUCAUACUGUAUGUUUUGGUCACGGUAAUUUUUUCAACAUAGAUAAAGAGGAAUAUUUUGUGCAGCGUGUAUUGCAGUGUAAUUGCACUGAUGUGUGACUGAAGAUUAAUAUUUAUCCUGACACAUUACUGACAUUUUCUUAACUUUGCUUUAUCUUUCCAAGCUGUUUGUUGUUGUUUUUUUUUCCACUGCUUGGAGUUAUUGGACACACAGAACCAAAGGAAACCUGCUGAUAAUAUUUCAAGCAGGUUUCUGUGCUGUGUGUAUUUGUACAACACAUUCACACAUUUAUGGAUGUGCAGUAUUCCUUCAGGAUAACAGCUGUAGUGCAGCUGUUUUGAUCACAGACGUGGAGAUCUAAGUGAUGCUGUGUUUUGUAUUUGAGAGUCUCAGGUUCAUGAUACAGACAGAUGGCAAUACAAUGCAUUGCAUAAAAAAAGGACUAAUACAGGGAGUGCCUAAUAUACUCCUGUAGUUCACUGUACAUGUUUUAUUUCAUUUUCAUGAUGCCAGUCUGAUGUGUCAAAACGCUUCAGUAUUUUUUGGACGUAUAUUGAAGGGACGCUUACUUGAAUCUCAGGAGUUCAGGUAGUUUUAGCCAUUAAUUAAACGGUAGAUUAAAAUGAGUGGAAUGCUUGUCUAAUUCAUGUUGAUUUUGAAUUAUCUUGCAUUUUCAUUAACUCUGCUCUUGAUCCCUUUGUGUAUCUUACUGGACAAAGCUUUAUUAGUCAAAGGCUAGGAUACUCUGAUUGUAUUAGUGAAAAUCCAGGAGUAUGCUGUGCUGUCUGUAAUGAAAUAACUUCUGCUUUCCUGUUUAUGCUGAAAUAAAGGUGAUUCAUUUGGA